UCUGAUAGCAGGAUGCUGCUGCAGCCUCUCUGGACCUUCCUCCUGGGACACUCGUCCCUCAUGCACUCACCUGUGUUCCCCGUCCUCUUUUCCCUGUCUGUCUACCUGUCUUGCUGCGCACCCUUCCUGCUGCUGGACCUGCUGUCCUCCAGGUGGGCCCUGGUGCACAGGUACAAGCUGCAGCCUCGAAGCUCUGUCAGCUGGGCCUCGGUGCGGAGCUGCCUGGCUGUGACGCUCUACAACCACGUGGUUUUCAUCCUGCCUCUGACCGUGAUGCACUGGUACCUGAGACCAGUCCACCUGCCUCAGGAGGCUCCGCCCCUCGCCCGUCUGCUGGCUCAGGUGCUGGUCUGUCUGCUGCUGUUUGACUUCCAGAGCUUCAUCUGGCACCUGCUGCACCACCGAGUCCCAUGGCUCUACUGCAACUUCCACAAGGUGCACCACACCUUCUCCUCCACCUCCUCCCUGACCACGGAGCACUCUGGAGUCUGGGAGACCCUCAGUUUGGGCUUCUUCUCCGCGAUGACCCCGUUUCUUCUCAGUUGUCAUCCUCUGACGGAGCUGGUCUUCUUCGUGGUGAACAUCAGUCUGUCGGUAGAGGAUCACUGUGGAUACGACCUGCCCUGGUCCUCCCACCGCCUGGUGCCUCUGGGCCUCUACGGCGGGGCCCCACACCACGACCUGCACCACCUCAAGUCCAACUGUAACUACGCCCCCUACUUCACCCACUGGGACCGACUGGCCGGGACCCUGUGCACCCAGGAGGACUGAAGUACUGAAGGAGACUUCCUGCACUGAUGGAGACGUUUAUGAAACGAUGGAGAAUUAUGGAGACCAUGAACUCCUCCGAAAAUUUGGUUUCUGAAGUGACUUAAGGAUUUUGUGCUGUUCAGAAAUCUUCUUUUCCAUUAAAAGACUGAAGACACAUUUAUUUAUAACUAUUCAGUUAUUCACGUUUAUAUAUUAACGUUAUUGAUCAUCUCAGAUGUAAAUCAGCUUGUUGUUGAGUGAUGGAUGAGAAGAAAACACUGAAAUCCAGAAACUGACAUUUGAAGAUAUUUAGCAUCAUUCAGUGUAAUAUUAUUUGAAUGUGUUUUAUGUUACUGUGAGUCUGAGCUGCUUUGAGAUGUAUUUAAAGUUAAAGAUUUUCUUUAAUUCAUCAGAAAAAUGUUCAUAUUGAACAAAUACACAAAAUGUUGAAAGAUAUUCUGUCAACAUCCAUUUAUGGCAACUCAUUUAUGAAUGAGCUGCAGUUUAUUGACUCGAGAUGAUAGAAAGAGAACAUUAUUCAAAUGUUUGAAUAUUUAAGUCAACAGAACGUUUGGGAGAAAAAUGUGACUGAAAAUGUAAAAAACUGUUUUUGUUUCUGAACUGAAGUGAAUCACUUUGAUCUGAGAAUAAACUUUAUGAACU